CUGUCAGUCUCCCUUCCGGUUCCGCAGGCGCGCCUACUGAGCGCCGAGCAGCCGAUACAUAUGGCGGCUAAGACCCUUUGAGGGGCCGCGCAGGCCCAGACUUCGGGCCGCCGACGACAUAGGCCUUCCCGCCGGCGGCCGAUCGGGUUCAAAGGGCUGUUGCUGGGGGCUCGCUCGGGAACGGUGUGAGUUCCUUCUGCUCCAGAGAGGAAACUUCAUCUGGGGCCAUGAUGCCACUUUCCUGUCACCUGUGUGACGCUUGGUUCAGCUAACACUCCAGGAACCCUGGUCAGGGGAAGAAUCAAGGGAACCAUUGGCAUGAGACCUCUGCCUUUUUGGAGUUGAAAGCGCACUGCCAUGGCUUCUCUGGACGACCCGGGGGAUGUGAGGGAGGGCUUCCUCUGCCCCCUGUGCUUGAAGGACUUGCAGUCUUUCUAUCAGUUGCAGUCACAUUAUGAGGAAGAACAUUCGGGUGAAGACCGUGAUGUCAAAGGGCAGAUUAAGAGUCUUGUUCAAAAGGCUAAGAAAGCAAAGAACAAGUUGCUGAGACGGGAAGGGGACGACCGAACAGAGCCAGGGUCCUCAGGAUAUGAGUCCUUCAGCAAUGGAGGGGUUGACCCUUACAUGUGGGAGCCUCAGGAACUGGGGACUGUGAGAAGCCAUCUUUCUGACUUCAAAAAACACCGUGCUGCCAGAAUUGACCACUAUGUUGUUGAAGUCAAUAAAUUAAUAAUCAGGUUAGAGAAGCUCACUGCAUUUGACAGAGCCAACACUGAAUCUGCAAAGAUUCGAGCUAUUGAAAAGUCUGUGGUGCCUUGGGUCAACGACCAAGACGUCCCUUUCUGUCCCGACUGUGGGAGCAAGUUCAGCAUUCGUAACCGUCGUCACCAUUGCCGCCUGUGUGGCUCAAUUAUGUGCAAGAGGUGCAUGGAGCUCAUCAGCCUGCCCUUGGCAAACAAGCUCACCAGUGCCAGCAGGGAUGCCCUGAGCACCCACACCAGCCCCAGCCAGUCUCCCGGCAGUGUGCAUGGCUCACGACGUGGCAGCAUCGGCAGUGUGAGCAGUGUGAGCUCCAUGCUGGACGAGAAGGAGGAUGAGCGCAUCCGCUGCUGUGGGCACUGCAAGGACACACUGCUGCGCAGGGAGCAGCAGAUGGAUGAGCGAGAGCACACUCCCGCCAUCACCAGGCUCUACGAGGAAUUGCGGCUCUGCAUGGAGAAGGUGGAUCAGAAAGCCCCAGAAUACACUCGAAUGGCAGCAUCCUUGAAUGCUGGGGAGACUACCUAUAGCCUGGAGCAGGCCAGCGACCUCCGCCUGGAGGUACAGAAAGUAUACGAACUCAUAGACGCCCUGAGUAAGAAGAUAUUAACCCUCGGAUUGAACCAGGACCCCCCACCGCACCCCAACACACUGCGGCUACAGAGGAUGAUCCGGUACUCAGCCACACUUUUUGUGCAGGAAAAGUUGCUGGGUUUGAUGUCAUUGCCGACCAAGGAACAGUUUGAAGAGCUGAAAAAGAAAAGGAAGCAGGAUAUGGAGAGGAAGAGGAUGCUAGAGAGACAGGCUGUCCUGGAAUCACAGCGCAGGCUGGAGGACAGACACCAUGGCCCAGAGGCCAAUGGGGAGGUGGCCCCAGCAAAGAAGACAGAGGGCUGGCUUCCGCUGCCAGGAACACAGGGCCAGCAUGAGGACCCUGACCCCCUGCUGCAGCAAAUCCACAACAUUGAGUCAUUCAUCAAGCAGGCCCAAGCUGCUGGCCGUGCGGAUGAGGUGCGCACCCUAGGGGAGAACCUGCGGCAGUUGCAAGAUGAGUAUGACCAGCAGCAGACCGCCAAAGCCAUUGAACUGUCCCGCAGACAGGCUGAGGAGGAGGCCCUGCAGCGUGAGCAGUUGCAGAGGUUGCAGGAGCAGGAGUGGGAACGAGAUCAGGCCGCCUCCCUGCACUCCCGGACCCGGGCACUGGACUCCCGGGAGGCUGCACCUUUCCUAUUGGAGCCCAGCUGGGGGCCUCGUCCAUACCCAGCCUUCACGCUGGAGCUAGGCUCCCCAGGCCUGAGAAGCACAGUCCCUGAAACUCCCUCACCUAGUGCAGCGUGGGCCCUGGGCCAGGAGAGCCUCCCCCAGAGCACCAAGCCCCAGCAGGGUGACAACGCUCUGAACCCCUUCAGUGGGGAUAGCCUCUCCAGCCCUGCCACAGUAAAGGCUAUGCUCCCCAGAGAGUAUAACCCUUUUGAGGAGGAGGAAGAGGAGGAGAAAGAGGCAGCAGCUUCAGGUAUUGCCGUGGCCACUGGCAACCCCUUCAUGAGCCCUGACAGCCCAGCACCCAACCCCUUCGAUGAGGAUGAUGAUGAGGACCACAACAGCCCCAGCUGGAGGCCUGCCAGCCCACCUGUGCCCAGCAAUCCCUUUGAGGAGCCCACUGGCACCAACCCCUUCGAGGUAGACAGUGACAGUGGCCCAGAGGCUGUGGAGCCCAUCGAGGAGGACCUGCUCCUGCAGCAGAUCAACAAUAUCAAGGCCUACAUCUUUGAUGCUAAGCAGUAUGGCCGCCUGGACGAGGUGGAGGUGCUGACUGAGAACCUGCGGGAGCUGAGGUGCACCUUGGCCAAGCAGAAAGGGGGACCCUGAGGGACGGGGGAGCAGGGCAUGCACCACAGAUGCUGCUAUCCAUGUCAGAUGUGUCUCCAUGACAGCAGCUAACACAGGAACUCCUGGUGCACCAGCCUUCACUCCUUGGUGGCAUUUCCUGCCUGUCUUGUUUUUCACUUGGGAUGUUCUCCUUUCAAGAACUUUGCAUUUUUACUACAAAGCUGCAACUUGGGCCAAAGUGGACGUGGCCAUCAGCACCACAUGGUCUUGGGUGCUAUACAGUGUUAGGGCGGCUUAUUGACAGGUAGCCUGGGUCCCCCAAAUUGUCCUCUGGCAGAAUGCUAUGUUCUUUGGGCUGUGGGACCCCAGCUUUUCCUAGGGUUAGUCCUGGGGACCAGUGCUAUGGUGCAGGGAACACUGGAGUGGUGACUGCACCUUGGAAAAUGUGCCAGCAAUGUCCCUUUCCGCCUUGGACACUGCGUCUUCCAGUGCAUUGGGCACUGUGGCUUGGCCACUAGCCUUCAGGAAGAGAAAUGCCUGGUUUCUGUUAGUGCAUCUGGGAGAAGUCCCUACCUGGCUGCAGUCCUGAGCCAGGCUUUGGGGAAGGGCCAGCAUAUAGCUCCAGAGCUGGUAAGCAGAGGCCUCUGAGGAGCAUCACCAGGAGAGCAGGGCCUCUCUGAGGCUGAGUAGAGUCCAGCGAACUCUUUGCCCUCUGGCCAGCGUCCUCCCUCUUGGGCCAUGCUGGCCUGAGUGCUGCUGAGCACUUUCCUCACCAGUGUUAGCAUUAAGGAACCAAACUGUUUGGAGGGCCAGAUAGCACCCUGCAGUGGCCUGUGGCACUUGAGUCUUUGUUAGGGCAGAGGAGGCAGCUUCCCCUUUGGUUCUGGUGCACAGGAGCCAGACCCUGGGCUGACCGGCACCCUCAGAUCUGGGGCAGCAUGCUGCAGGGAGCCUGGUAACGAACAGUGUAUUCACUCGUCACUUUAUGCUCUUGCCUCCCUUGAGGCUGUGCUUCCAAUAGGUAGUGCAGGCGCCAUUCAUCUGCUUGCUAGUGGACUGGCAGAGUCUGUUGGCCAAAUGAGGACAAAUCCUGGGUGGGGAAGGAAGGGGUAUACAGAGAACACUGUUGACUGGGUAGUGUUCAUGAAGGAUGCAGCAUCAGGCAUAUGAGAUGUUGCCUGCUUUGGGAUUCUAUCCCCAGGGUCCAGGCCCUCUGUGCUAUGGUGCUGGGGCUGGAAGAGCCAACCUGUUGCUCUCUGCUCAGUCAUCUUUUUUUUGGAGGAGCUAGUGGCCUUCUGACCCAAAGAAGCCAGUGUAGCUUGCUGCCAUCUGUGCUUUCUGCAGGAGAGUGCACUUUCCUUCAAUGGGGUUUCAGUGGAGACGCACUUGCCCCUGCUGCUCCCUGAAACCAGUGCCAGGUAGCAACCUGCAAGGAACUGAGCAUUGGAGACAGACACAGAAUGUUUAAAAAACAAAACAGGAACUCUAAGAAAUUAACUCUGAACAUACUAAUCCAAAAGUCAGAUCUCUCAUGUUCUGUGGAACUGUCCAAUGGCUGUCUUCCAGUCUUGGUCUCUGACCCUGUAGCUGGUGGAGGACAGGUGACAGUGGGGAAGAGAUACCUGUGUGCCCCACCUGGGAGGACACCUUGCCCUUCCUCAGCCAUGGUCAUGGUGCUGGCAGAGCCCACAGUGGCCAUGGUUGUAUGUGGAGGACCAGUCUGUGCUUAGGUUUAUGUCUCUGUCUAAUACACUAAGAAUACUCCCAUUUGCAGCUCAGUGUCUGCUGCUCCAAUGCCACAGCGUCCUGUGUCAUUGAGCCUCAUGGUAGGUCAGGCACUGGAAUGUGGUAAGAAGUGAGCUCAACCCACUGGUCACCUCACAGUGCUGUGCACACACUGCUCUGGUCCUUGUGUCAGAACCAUUUUUGAAAAAUAAAGUUAUGAGUGGUGGGUGUGUACA